GGGUUCUUCCGUCCCGGACCUUGGCCCGGUCGCGCGCUCGCGCUCGUUCCCGGGAUCCCGGCCCUGGGCUCAGCGCCGGCUGCGCGCGCACGCUGCCUGCCGGUCCCCGCCCCCAGGCACGCCGCGCUCCCUGGGCGCCUCCGCCAUGUGCUCGUUAGCGUCGGGCGCUACCGGCGGCCGGGGCGCCGUGGAGGAUGAGGAGGACCUGCCAGAACUGUCGGACAGCGGUGACGAGGCCGCCUGGGAGGAUGAGGACGUUGCAGAGCUCCCCCACGACAAGCAGCAGACCCCCUGCCUGUUCUGUAACAGGCUAUUUACAUCUGCUGAAGAAACAUUUGCACACUGUAAGUUGGAACAUCAAUUUAAUAUUGAUAGCAUGGUCCAUAAACAUGGACUUGAAUUUUAUGGAUACAUUAAGCUAAUAAAUUUCAUUAGACUUAAGAAUCCUACAGUUGAGUAUAUGAAUUCCAUAUACAACCCAGUGCCUUGGGAGAAAGAAGAAUAUUUGAAGCCAGUAUUAGAAGAUGACCUUUUGCUUCAAUUUGAUGUGGAAGACCUUUAUGAACCAGCAUCAGUUCCAUUCUCAUACCCCAAUGGACUCAGUGAAAGUACAUCUGUUGUUGAGAAAUUGAAACAUAUGGAAGCCAGGGCGCUGUCUGCUGAAGCUGCGUUAGCUAGAGCACGUGAGGAUCUGCAGAGAAUGAAACAAUUUGCUCAGGAUUUUGUGAUGAACGCAGAUGUCAGAACCUGCUCGUCAUCUACUGCCAUUGCAGACCUCCAGGAGGAUGAGGACGGUGUUUAUUUCAGCUCAUACGGGCAUUAUGGGAUACAUGAAGAAAUGCUAAAGGACAAAGUACGAACAGAAAGCUACAGAGAUUUUAUAUAUCAAAAUCCACAUAUCUUCAAAGACAAGGUGGUGUUGGAUGUUGGAUGUGGAACUGGAAUUCUCUCUAUGUUUGCUGCUAAAGCUGGGGCAAGGAAAGUUCUUGGAGUUGAUCAAUCUGAAAUACUUUACCAGGCAAUGGAUAUCAUAAGAUUGAAUAAACUGGAAGAUACUAUCAUACUAAUUAAAGGAAGAAUUGAAGAAGUUCAUCUUCCUAUAGAAAAAGUGGAUGUUAUUAUAUCUGAGUGGAUGGGCUAUUUUCUUCUUUUUGAAUCUAUGUUGGAUUCUGUCCUUUAUGCAAAGAACAAAUACUUGGCAAAAGGAGGAUCGGUUUAUCCUGACAUUUGCACUAUCAGCCUUGUAGCAGUGAGUGAUGUGAAUAAACAUGCCGAGAGAAUUGCUUUCUGGGAUGACGUAUAUGGCUUCAACAUGUCCUGCAUGAAGAAGGCAGUUAUUCCAGAAGCUGUGGUGGAAGUUUUAGAUCCAAAGUCUCUUAUUUCAGAUCCUUGUGGUAUUAAGCAUAUAGAUUGCCAUACAACAUCUAUCACAGAUUUGGAGUUUUCUUCUGAUUUUACUCUGAAAAUCACAAAGACAUCUAUGUGCACGGCAAUUGCUGGCUACUUUGAUAUAUAUUUUGAGAAGAAUUGCCAUAACAAGGUCAUGUUCUCCACGGGCCCCCAGAGUACCAAAACACACUGGAAACAAACAGUGUUUCUACUGGAAAAGCCAUUUUCAGUUAAAGCAGGUGAAGUCUUGAAAGGAAAGAUCACGGUUCAUAAGAAUAAGAAAGAUCCUCGUUCUCUCAUUGUGACAGUCACAUUGAAUAAUUCAACUCAAACUUAUGGUCUCCAGUGAAAAAAGCUAUAAAAAGCACAACUUGCAAGUUUUAGUGUGGGCAUAGGAAGCAGAUCCUGCCUUCGUGAGACUCCUCAGUAAGGGAGGCAAGAGAAGCUCACGUAUCACCCAGGGCAGGGACCUGCUUAUCCUCAUGGUGCAUAGUUACUGUAUUCUUAGAAGUCUGCUUAGCCAGAUUUAGCCAAAUGCAGUCCCUCAGAUGGGCCUGUUUUCAGUGAUAGUCUUUUUUUGCUUUUAGUAAGUUUCCUACUAUAAAUUUUAAAUUAAUAUACUAGUUUUUAGAUAAUGUUUAUUAAACUAGUUAUACAGGGAAGCACACAUUUUAUUGCAGGUUUUCUCUGUAAGGAGCAAUAGUUUUUAGUUGUAUUAUUUGAGAAUAUCAGAAUAUAAUGUUAAAGAACGAGCGUAAGGAACUGAAAGCAAGUAUUGGCCUUCUACAAAUCAGAUUUGAGGAUAUCAUACUUGACCAUCCUAUCUCACAUGCUGUAGUUCUCAUUUUGUAGUUUAUUCCUUCUUUGUGAAUAUUCUUUAGCCAUAGACUUCUAGCAUUACCCAGGAAAUCUAAUUUCAAAUAUAUUGAUCCUAGGUUUCAUAGAAGUUUUUUAAAAAUAAGAUAAAUGUGCUCCUAUUUACUAACAUUAUGUUUUUCAAACUAGAUGUGCAAAGGUUAUAUAUGUAACUAUUAGUACAUUUAAAUCUCUGUAAAAUUAUGUCAUUUGCAAUUGAUUCAUUUUGAAAUGAAAAAUGAAAAAUAUUCAAUAAAAUAUACAAAACUCUUAGCAUUAAAAGAUAUUUCAGGGUAGUAACACCAAAUCAGAAGCAUUCUAGACAAAAUGAAUCUUUUUAAAAAAAAAAAAAAUUGGAUUUGGGAGAGCAGGGUACUGGAGUUUUAACCCAGGGGUGCUUUAUCACUGAGCCAUAUCUUCAAUCCUUUUUAUUUGUUUGCUUAAUUUGAGACAGUGUCUUACUAAGUUGCUUAGGGCCUCAAACUGGCAAUCUUCUUGCCCCAGCCUCCCAAGUCGCUGGGAUUACAGGUGUGUGACACCUGCUCAGUUUAAAAAAUAGGUAUUUUAAUAGGAGAAGUGGACCAUGUGCCUCACUUAAAUUAAAUGUCUGGUUCUUUGUCAAAACAAGACAUCCUCAGGUGUCUGUGCUCAAACACCAGCUCCAGCUUCUGCUUGCAGUUUGUUAUACAUUUCAGAUGUUUAGAACAGUGCCUGGCACAUAAAAAACACUAAAUAAAUGCUAGGAGUCAUUGUACAUUCACACCCCUUCAAAGAAUAUAGCAUCAAUAUUUGAUUAGUUUGAGAAUUAUUAGCUCCAUCAGAUAAUAACUAUUGCCUUCAUACAUGAAUGGACAAGAAGAUAACAAAUAUUUAAAAUGGUAAGCCUAUAUCAAAAAGAAUUUUUCUUUUGGUUUUUAUCAGAAAAGUAAAUUAGAAGUGGGAAGAAAGCCCCUUUGAAACUAAUCUUCCUUCAUAAGCAUGAUUUUCGUUUUCACUGGGUUAAAGCAGCCAGUUUGUUUUUGUCAGGAUUCAUACCAUUACUGAAAAUGUGCUGCUGAUAUCAUUUAAAGUACUUUUUGGAUUUUGAGCAUUUAAAGUACUUUUUGGAUUUUGAGCCAGAGUCUCAUGUGGCCAUUGAUGGCCUUGAAAUCGGGGGGGUCACAGGUGCCCACCACCAUGUUCAGCUUCUCUUUUAAAGUACUUAAAUAUGUUGUCUUAAAUGGCUUCCUAUACAAAUUUGAAUAAGUUAGAGUAACCCAAUAAGUAAAGAUGGAAGAUGAAUAUUUUAAGUGCCAAAAAACAAAUUUUGUGAGUUUUGUAAAUGUAUAACAAGAACUUCCUACUAUUUAUAAAAAAAAAUAUUUCUCAAAAAAUUAUUUCUCCUUAAAACUUGUUUUCAUGGGAUUUUUCACCCAAUGAUUCUUCUCCCAGCCUAGCUACAGUUGGUAGAUCUGUUCUUUUCAGUUCGCCUUCCCAGGCUGGGACAUUCUAAUUUAUGUACCUAAGCAUUUUAUGAGAACAUGAGCAUCCAAAUGUCGCCCUUCAGUUGGAAUUUCUGUCAUUAAACUGCUGUGAAAAAUAAGUACUUCAUAGCCCUUGACAAUGAUAAAUACAGUGUCCUUUCAGGCUGUGGGCAGAUGAGCAUUUAUAGAUACCAAUUUGCUUCUAUUAAGAAAAUGCAUUUUUCUCCUGGUUUCCUUUGUGAAAACUAACAUGAUUAUAUUGUAAUGUGUGAGGCUCCUCCAAGUGUGGUAUAUGAUAGUCAUCUGUAUGCAGAACAGUGUGUUCUGAAGAGAGCACUUUGGAAGAAGUGUUGCAAGAAAACAACUCAAGCAGGUGUGCGCAUUACACAAAAUUGUUCAGUAAAUAGCCAGAGCUGCAGUAAGACACACUCCAUUUUUUGCCAGGGAUCGACCCCAAGGCCUUGCUCAUGUGGGCAAGCCCUCUACCACUGAGCUGCACUCCCAGUCCUACAGGACACUGAAAAAAAAAAAAAAAACAGUACAGUAGUUUAAUUUUCAAAUAAGCCCAA